AUAUACUUAAAAAUUUUGAGGUUGUCUGUCUCUUGCUUAGGAGUGCAAUUGAUACUACUUGAACUCGGCUUGAGUUAAAAAGCUUGGGCCUGAACUUGUUGAGCAAGUGAAAGUUGAGCUGGAGUUCGAGUUCGAUUUUAUUAUGCCUUACUUGAGUUCGAUCUUGAUCAAAUCGAGCCCAAUCGAGUAAGGGAUAAGAUAAACAUUUCACACUCAUAUGUGUGUGUGUGUGAAGUUCGAUUGAGUUCGAUUAAGCUUGAUGAACUUUGAAGCUUCACAUCUUAGACCUAAGCACAAGCUUGUCAAGCAGUUCGAGUUCUUCGAACUCGGUCAACGCAAGCCAGAGCUCAAGCUAUGACCGAAGAAGGUCGCGAGUCAUAGAAUUGAGUUCGAACUCAUUUGCACUCUUACUCUUGCUGAUUGGGAGAACCUUUGAAGAAUCUUGACCCCUCCAUAAAAUAAUCUUGAACGUCACAUGCUACACUAUCCAUUAUCUUGUGGCUGUGGUGGUGGCGGCCCUUGAUGUUUUUCAUUGUUUGGCCUUCCCAUUUUGGUGAUCUUCCUGGGAGUGGUGGUUUGAGAUAAGGAAAGAACUAGGAAGCGCCCCUGUUCCAUUCCGCCAUUUGUUUGCGAUGAUCUUAAUCUGAGAAUGGAAAUGGGUACCAUGAUAUUGCGACUCGAUAAUCUUAUUGGGUGAGGAUGCUUUGUGCGGCCCUUCAAACUUCAACUGAAUACUUUGGUGGGAUUUUGCAUAAUUUUGUUAGUUUCUUUUUGGGUAAAAAGGAAUGGUACUUCGAUCAUGGCACUUGCUCCACUACUUUUUGAAAGUAUCGGCAUGUUGUAUGGUGUGAAUAAUAGAUUAGAUUCUGCUACUGUGGGCUUUCGACAAUCUAUGCGGUCACGAUGGCUUCUGCGAAAGUGGCAACAGAUUGCUGCUGCUCCUCCUCCUCCUUGUUAGGCCUUUCUAUUGUGCCAUGAGAAUCUGAAGAGAAGCACGACAAAACAAGUUCUAUCGUUAUGAUAACAUCUUCUCAAUGGCGAGAUUCCCUAUGAUGUUGUCUUGUAAGGUGGUAAUUAAUCUAGUACAAGGAGAAAUGGUAGUGAAGCUGGAAUUCAAUCCAAACGUACCCCCGGCUGAUUUACGCUUCCUAAUCGCCGUUGGCAAUUGACCUUCGGGCUCAAUGUGCAGUUACAGGCUGUGGUAGAACGGCCGAACUGUUGAUGAUUGGAAGUGGCUCUUGUUGAAAAGUGUGGUGCAUUGCAUUGAUGAUGCCAUAACCCUUCUCUGUCGCAAUAAAAUCCGGCGCUGGGCUCUGCUGCAGGCUGCAUCAUGAACCGCGAUGGCUAAGCAUAGACGUUGACCUGUUGUCAACUGCAAUGGCGUGCGAUGAUAAUUAACGACGUCUAUCAACCAACAUAAUUCAUCUUUGCUCCCAUAGGCAAGACGUCGACAAAGACAGGUAAUUAUUUACAGACAGAUCGGAUUGGAAAGAGAAAUAAAGAAAUUUCAGAAAUAAGAGGUCUGCUCUCCUUCUUCACUCCCGAUAGGCCUAAGCCUAAUAGAAUAAGAGUAAGCCACACCUUCCUUUCCUUGCCUUACUCUCUAUUGGAAAAGUGCCAUUAGUUACAAAUUUCAUCUAAUCUAAUCUAUGAUGUCAAUGAAAAAGAAAUUGCAAUCUUACCUCUAAUAUACUUGUACGCAUUUCAUCUGUGAAGAUGUUCAGUCCCCCAGAAAAUGACAAAUACUUGAGUAGUAAGUAACUUGUAUAUAUCCCAUGUUACUUAGCUGUGUGCGUGCUACUUCGCCGCCGUGUAUCCUUAGGGCAAGAUUUUACAUAGGUUUAGGAGAUUAGUUUGGUCGAAAAGUUGAAAUAACCUUAUUGAAAAAAUAUAUAUAUCUAUAUCCCAUGUUACCAUGUAACCCAAAAAAGAAAAAAAGGUACUGGUGUUAGGAAGGCCUGUAGGCGUUUAGAUUAGCGUGGACCGGAUUAGAGUCGGACACAACAUCUCUGAUACCCCACAACAUCAUAUAGUACUAGUAAAUAGUGGUAACAAGUCCCAUGCAGCACCACGUCAUCCCUCUCUCUUCUGUCAGUCUUCCCAUUCUCACUUCUCUGUCACUCACUUUCUCACUUCUCGUUGUGGAGGUUUGGGGUGUCGUCCCCUUUGAUGUAUCCCACAUCGGGGUUGGGAGGGUUUGAAUUGAUAGUUAUAAAUUUUCUGUGGGACCUCAAAGGAUACCGGGGGUUUAGGUUUGUAAAAAUUGACGUAUGCUCUUUGGGCUUCAAAAGAAAAAAAAAAAAAAAAUCAACGCUAUGCUAAGGUAUGGUAGACUUACUGGGCAACCACGUAAGCUCGAGCGGUCAGCUCCUCUCUUUAGGGUAUGGUAGAUUUAUUUGGGCAAUUAGGAUUCGGACCCUCUUGUUACCGUGCUCGGAAUGGACCGUGCUCGGAAUGGAGUGAGACCUCCUCUUUUGGACCGAAGUGAGAUUAGUCGGGCUAAAAGCCCGAAUAUCCACUCCGAAACAAAAAAAAAAAAAAAAAAAAGUAUCAACGCUACGCUAUCCCUCACACUCCCCACUCUUCACCCCUCCCAUCUCUCAUCCCGUCAACUAAAACUAACUGGUGGAGCACGCAAAAAUGGCUACUCUAUUUUCCGUUUCCCAUUUUACGCCCAUCACAUUCCUCCUCCUCCUCCUCCUCCUCUCUGUGUCCCAUAAACCCAUUUUCUCCGGAUGAAAAAGUAGGCCAUAAUCAGAAUUCAAAAGCACCUCAAGACCUACUUCUGAUUUCCAGCUUUUUUGGACCCAAAAAAUUUAAAAUUUAAGUUUUUAAAGUCAGUCAACAAAAUAGCUUUCUAAAAUCAUUUGAGAAUAUGGCCAUAAUCUUUUACAUUCUUCAAGUUCCUUGGUGUUUGAAAUGUCGGCCAAUAAUUAUAUGGAGAUAAGAAGCAAAUUGAUGGUUACUUCAAACAACAUUCAAAAUUAAACUAAGUCAAAAACACAUCAACAAUGAAUCCAGAGGACAAUCCAUGCAUCAUGACCUCAGAAUAUGGAUCAUGCGUGAAUUAUGUAAAUUAGGAUACACUUAUCCGUCAUGUCAAUUUCCUAAAUAUCCUUUCUUUUUUGAUUUGGUCUCUUCUUUGCUAUUUUAUAUCUGUUAUGAUUGCACACUUGGUUUGAUUUUCGCCUAAUCCAGGUCAUUCUUAUUUGAAAAUUUCUCCUUGGAUAUUAAAGAAAGCUAGCAGAAAUGCUUCUGUAAAGCUGGAUAUAUAUACACAAGUAUAAACGUCAAUAGGUGAAGCACAUAGUAAGACAACAUAAUAAAGUCAAUAGGUGCUUCAAGAUGGGGUCGGAUAGCUUUCAUAACGGGACAACAUCAAAAAGUCAAUAGGUGCUUCAAGAACUUGGACAAGCACUUGUUGGGCUCGGCCCGGGGCUCGCUAUAUAUGUUAUCCUCGUUUUUGAGUGUCUACCAUGUGGAUUAUGAUAAGCUACUAGAGUUACUUUUCUGGUUCUCUGCAUAAACAUUUUCCAGGUUUAUCUGUAUAAUCAAAGGAAAAAAGUUUUCUGGAAUAUGGCAGCGGCAACAAUGCCUGCUGGGUUCGCCAUUUUCGUGCUUGCAACCACAGUCUUGAUCAUCAUCCAUGCUUCUCCUAUCUUCGGAGAAGGUACAUAUGAUCCCAGUAUCAUCCUCUAGUGUAAAUGUAUUCUUUUCUUUUCUUUUCCCAAAGAUAUGUAAAUGCAUUUCUUCAAUACGUAUCUGCAACUAUCAUGUCAUAACCAAACUUCGUUUGUUUUCAAAGAAAUUCUGGUAAUAAAAGCUUUCGCAAAAACAGGUUGAAAGUAACUUUCAACUGCAUACAAAUUGCUAGUAUUAUUCUUUUAGCACUACAGCUAGCUCUUGCAGAGGACAACAGCCAUCUGUUUCCGUUCCGUUAAGUGGAAAAAUCUUGUAUACAUCAGUUGGGGAAAGAAAGAAUGCAAGGCUAUUGUACAGAUCCCAUUCAGUUACAUGGGCGCCACGGGCCCCAGCAAAUGGGGAAGCUUGAAGCCCGGCUUCUCAGAGUGCUCAACAGGUAAAUCACAGUCGCCAAUCGACAUUCCAAAGGGAAAGGUUGUUCUGAACAAGAAAUUGAAACCGCUGACCAGAGAAUAUAGUUACAUCAAUGCUACCUUCGUCAACAAUGGUUUCAACAUUGAGCUGCGAUGCGGUAAAAAUACAAACUUACUGAUUUCAGAUGGCAAGGCUUACAUAUUCAGUCAGCUGCAUUGGCAUUCUCCUUCUGAGCACAGAAUUGAUGGAGUUCAAUACGAUGCUGAACUUCACCUUGUUCACAUUGCUGAUGAUGGCUGCAUUGCAGUCAUAGGUAUCCUCUACCAUCUUGGACAUCCUGAUCCGCUAAUUGCUAAGGUGCAGAAUAAAUUGUAUCAACUGGGCAUAGACAUGUCCGGAGUUAAAGAGGGAGGUCAGGUUGCGCUAGGGACCUUCAACAUGCAUCAACUCAGAAAAAAUGCCCGCAAGUAUUAUAGGUAUUCUGGUUCUCUCACUACUCCUCCUUGCAACCAGACUGUAGCCUGGUACAUCCUUGGCAAGGUGAGAUCAAUAUCACCAGAGCAAGUUCAAGCUCUCAAAGCUCCAUUAGGAUGGGCGUACAAGAACAAUUCAAGGCCAGUGCAACCACUCAAUGGACGACUAGUUGAGCUAUAUGAAGAGAGGUGAUCCCAGUCUAGAAUUUGAAUCCAUUUUAACUGGCCUCAUUAAAUGAAACUUGCUGAGUGCCUUGCAAGGUUUUCAGCACAUAUAUAUAUGUUGGUGAGGAAAGCAAGAGGUUUUACUAUACUGUUGUGAUGAGAUUUUGUUGAGAAAUUGCAAAGGCUUGAGGUGCAGAGAGCAAGAGUUCUAAAGAAUUUCACUAAUAAAUAGAGAAGUUUAAGCACGUGCGUGUUUAUAAUGAAUGAUUCCUUUUGCGC